AUGGAACUUGUUGGAGCUAUUUCAACGGGAGAAUGGAGCUCUCUCAGUGGGAUGUACACGUCAGAAGAGGCUAACUUCAAUGCACAUGAGUUGUUUGCUCAGUGUUCUGUUCCAAAUGAGUUUUCAAACUUAGGACUCCCAUCUUCUUUUUGUCCUGGCCAUGAGUUCCUUCACAUGGCAGGCAUAGGUUCACAUUACUUUUCAGAAAUUGAUAAUUCUUAUUUGUAUAGUCUUUCACAAGAGAGUAGUCAGAGUGGUGGUAGUAGCAAUGUUUUCCCAGCUUCAAGCAAUGAAAACUUCUACCUGAGUGAAUGCCACCCAACCUUGGGCAUAAAUUACAAUGGCUCCCCAACUUUUUGUUCCGGGGAUUUUGACAAUACUAACUUGUUUCUCAUUGAAGGCGAUGAGCGCCUUCACCAAGAAGUUGGCAAUGGCAUUGUGGAAGAGUCUGGCAGAAACCAACCUGAACCUUUUGUUGCUGAAUCAAAUUUUCAGCUCAAAUGGGAUGCUGAGGUGACUGUCCCAGAUUCAGCCAUGGAAAAUAAAAACCCAUCUGGGUGUUCAAAGAAAAGAUGUAGGAAUCCUGUAGAAGUGAGUACCUAA